AUGCCACUCAAGCUUCGCCCCUGUGACUUCUUCUCCAAGAAGCUCAGCCCGGCGGAGCAGAACUAUGACAUUGGUGAUCAGCAACUGUUGGCUGUGUUCCGAGCCCUGACCGAGUCUGGGGUGCGGGAGGUCCCUACGCCCCCUCUGGACUUCGAGGGGGCCCCGGCAUCCAAACAGACCCAGGCCGAGGAUGUGAAGCUGAAGAGGAUCCAGAAAGAGCUGCAGACACUGGACGACAUUGUGUCCAACGACAUUGGCAUCCUGAGAGGUGUGAUCGAGCAGGCCAGCUGGGACUACAACACUGCAAGGAAGCGCUAUGAGAAGGCGGAGGCUGAGUAUGUGACCGCCAAGCUGAACCUACACAAGAAGACUGAUAAAGAGCAACUGACAGAGCACCUGUGUACCAUCCUCCCGCAGAACGAGCUCCGAAAGGCCCACAAGCUGGAGGAGCUGCUGCAGCAACUACACCUCCAGGCCACAGAGGAGGAACAGGAGGAGGAUAGGAAGAGGGGGGAGAAGCUGGAGAAGGAGAAAUAGAGGAUGAGUGCUACAGAGAAGCAGGAGUGGAGAAGGUCCAGGAAGAGGGAGGGAAUGCUGUCCAGUAUUCCCCAGAUUUGUAUACAUGUGAUGCCUGAGAACUAGCUCACUGAGAACUGAGUCUUCAUUGUGGAGCGACCAUUAGUAUUUUGUUACUGUUUGUCGGGGGCACUUUGUCUGUGUGCUCUUAACGUGGCUGUGUCUAAAAUGCUCUGCCUCAAGCUCUUCUUUUACACAACAUGUGGCUUUACAUCAGAAGUGAAUGCUCUCUCUGUCUCUCUCUCCGUCACGUCUAGCGAAGCAAUAUGUAGAAUUGAAAGCAAAGCCGUUUUAGAGUUUGUCUGGUUUGAAAGGAGGUGGUUAACGUUUUACCCCCUGAAUGUUCCUCUGUGCAGUUCCAGGGUACAGAUGAAUAUAAUAUACUAAUGUUCAGUAAAGCAGCACUGUACCAGAUCUAGUCUGUGUGUAUGUUGUAGAUCAACAUAUUUUCUUGGGGGUUUUGCUAUCAAGUGCUGGUAUUUCCCAAAACCCAACUCAGUAUGUACCAGUCACAGUGGGCUUCCUUGGUAAAGACUUGCAGAUCUCCAGCAGGCUUCCUAAGGAAUGGUAAAGUGAUAUCUCAUAAUGUAUGUAUAUAUGCUCUCAGAGGAAACUGCUCCUCAGCACGUUACUGCCGUGACAUACCAUUAUGGCUUUAGAAGAGCUGGUUUUCAGUGGCGCUCUAUGGAACAAAUGUGUCUACAGCAGUAUAACAUUCAUCUAAUAUGAGUGUGCUGCAGCUAGCUGUUUUGUGUGUAAAACGAACUUUCUGUCCCUGUGUGUGCCCCGGUACCAAAUGAUCAAUUGUGUAUACUUUUUUUUUCUUCUUAACCUUGAACAUGACACAUUAAUGUGAAUAUGUUUAAAUCCAACAGAUCUGUAGUUUUGUAUUGAAAUGGCCUUAUUUAUAGCGGUUGGAUAUUUAAACAUUUAUUUUACACUGCAAUUUGUAUUUAGGUAUGUUUUCUCCUUAAUUUUUUUAAAGAAAACACAUAUAUUCUGAACAUAAAAUGCAGCUGCA